AUCUAACUAACCUCGGAAAAAUUUUUAACUUAAACUAAAUCUCUUAAUUUAUAGCACGCUAUAUAUUAUUUUCUACUUUUUAAUAUUUUCUUAUCAUACUUAAAUUAUUUUUUAUACAUUUUACACUUAUUUCGAGUUUUUGUGAAACUUUUCGACAGUUGGCGACCCGGUGUCGCUUUCCUUCAGUUGUCGAAGCUGACAUUGUUGUGACUGUAUCAGCUGUUUAUAUUGUGUUUAUUUUUUCACUUGUAAAAAUUUGCAUCAAUUUACACUACAAUGGACAAAGAAAUUCCUUUCGAGGAACUUGUGGAUCGUGCCAACGAAAAAAUAGAACUUGGUUAUGAGUUGAUCUCACAAUUAGAAGAAUAUAGACAAAUAAAUGGUGUAGAUAAAAUUCAACGAAAAAUCAGUCAAGAAGUGAAGUUUUUGCAGAAGGUUAUUAAAAACGAAAAGCUAAAGUUAAAUCACGUUCAAUGCAGCAACCUUACGCAUUACGCCUUCCUUGUGCAAAUAUUGAAAUUACAGCGGGAUGUAGUACAUCUCGACUGUGGCUUUCCAGUGGAAGGACGCAGUAAUCCACUGCGUGUAGAUAUUGUCUGUGAGAAUGGGUUGAAGUGGAUAAAAGCCAUUGCACGUAAUUCCAAAUCUUUGGCUGAUGCGGCAAAAGGUGCGGCCAGUUAUGGAGCGCGUAGCAUAUUGGAUCAAGCGGAAGAGUUUGUAGAAGCCAGCGCGCAACAUUUAUGCAUGUUCAAGCCGCCAAAGGUGGUUUUCUAUUUUAGUCAAACCAUUGAUAACACGCUGCUUGUAGAACUGCAAGAAAUCGGUGUUGAAAUUGCUUCUAUUGCGGAACCCUCCGAAAGUGAUGACGGCGCAGAUAUUUCGAAUGUCACCACAUUAAAUAUAGACAUUACCACAUUAUUGGCAUAUAUAAGCAACGUGUGCAAUGGCAGCUGCAAUUGGUUGUUCCGUGAGGGCAUACUUACCGAGCAGGCGGAAAAGGAGCGACAGACACCAUUAAAACCUGUCUUAGAUAAUCUAAUUAAAGGCAAACGUCUCAUAUGUUGCGAAACAGCAUACAAAUCGUUUGAAGAGAUUAUCUCUUUAUUGGCGGGCCCUCAAGAACACAAGCGUGCGGCGGAAUUAAUGCAAAUUGUGGAAGUUUUGCCCGAUGUGACUACGGUGCCAGAUGAAUUAGCUGUGAUUAAAUUUAGCGGUAAAAUAAACCAGAGAAGCUUGAAAAUUUUCGCCUUCGGCAUGCAAAUGAAAGCGGUGACUGUGACCUCAAAUAAAGCAUUCGUACGUUCUGCGAAAAUGCAGGGCAUCAAUGUGCCAGUGUUUACACACCAGGCCAGAGCAUUAACGGAAGCUAAGGAGUCAUCUGCCACACCCAUACAAUGAUUAUCAAUUUCGGUAAUAUGACUUGGCUGGUGAUUAACAUCCGAUUAUAGUUAACGAAAACUCAAAAACCAUUUCAUUGCAUAUUUCUAAAUCAUUUUUAUUGUGUAAAUUUAGCUAUUUUCCUAUUGUUAAACCAAUGUGAAGAAAAUUUGUAAAAAGUAAAUUUAAAUAUGUUAUGUAGAUGUAAGCAUACAUAUAAUGCACAGCCAAAUUGUGCAACAAAAGUGUUCCAAAGCGCAUAUGCUUGCUGCAGACGAAACCACUGCCACACUGCUUAAUUCUCUUCGUUCUCGUAAAAACUUUGCAAAAGUGCGAAAUAGCUCAUCGAUGAGCUGAUUAACUGAAACGAUAAAUGAUAUGUAGUUAUAUAGAUGUAUAAUUCAUUUAAGUAUAUUGUUCAUAAAGUAUUAUGUCUUAUGUACAUACGCCGGAGAAGCUGUUCAGCGACAAUAUUGAGAACUUCAUCGCCGUUAUGCAUGUCUGUCUUUGACUGCGCAUAAUCAUGAAUUGCAGUUUUUUGCGAAAAGCGACACUCGUGGAAUAAUAUACUAUUGGCGCCGAGUGCGUCGUUUUUUCAUCUUCGUCGGGAUGCAUGUUAUUUACGGCAUUGGUAUUUGCAUUAGUGGCAGCUACUUUGACGCCACACUCCCAGUUGCAGGCAUACAAGUGGUUGGCCAUCUCGAGGGACUGCAGUGUUUCGAAUAAAAA